AUGCCAACGCCUCCCAGCAAGACGCGUCGCAAAAAACCCAUCUGCCGGCAAUGCGGUACCCGCAUGGUAGGCCACAAACGCGGCGUCCAAGGCUCUCCCAUCUGUCCACAAAAACUAUCCUCCCUCGCUUCCCCACCCCAAUCCCCAACAACGCCACUCAGACCCUUUGAAUUCGUUCCCGACCCCGCAUUCUACACCGAAAUGAAAUGCGGCACCCUCCGACGCGUCAACCCCAAUUUCGUAGAUAGGAAAGUCCCCAUCCCAGAACUUCUCCGUCUAAGCGCGGCGGGGUCUCUCGUUCCCACCGUGUUGGUCGAUGACGACGGGAACACGAUUCGUGGGUCGAAUCAUGGCGGGGAUCUUCCGAGUGACGAGGAAGAUGAUGUGGAUUAUGAGGACGACGAGGAUGAGGAUGAAGACGAGUGUUGCCUUGACAACGCUUUAUUAGAUAUCCCUCACCCCAUGCUCACCAUUUUCCGCACCAAAGACAAAGACCUCGCCAAGAUGCAGGAGACCGCCGUACGCAUGGGCGUUCACUACGGCAUCAUGACGCCCCCCAACACUCCCCCGAACAAGAAGACGCUCAAUCACAAUCAAAACUUGUCGACACCCCUCACACGAAACGACUCAUGGUGGGUCGUAAUGGGCCAAAGCGCAAGUUUCGUCCAAGAAGUCAUCGACGCGUGCCAGAAAGGCAUGCCGGGGACGAUCGCGAAAGACGAGUCAGAAUUAAGGGAACCUUUUCGCACCACUACAUUUCUUCAACUCGUUUUUGCAGGCCUCGUUGGUGGAUGCGUCGUCGUGUGUGGACUGUCCAUGUUGUAG